AUGAAAGACUCUGGCAUCCACAAACCAGUGUUGAUCGCCAUCUAUUGUUUAAAUCUAGUUGGUUGUGGUAAACAUAUUGCAACUUUAGUUUCUCAAAUAGAGACAAGAAAGAGAGAGUUUUCUCAAUCAACAAAAUUCAAUAGUAAUAACAAUAACAAUAAUAAUACAAUAGAUAAUAAUGGAAUGAAUGAAAUCGAAGAUUUUUUAUCAAAUUAUAAUCCACCAUCUUCAUUGGCGGAAUGGCUUGAAAGUAUAAAAUGUUCGCAGUAUCUUGACUUUUUUAUGCAACAAGGAUUUGAAGAUGUAAAAGAUAUCAGAAUGAUCGAUCAGAGUCUGUUUGACCAAUUCCCUGAUGCUAUUAAGUUUGCACAUCAGAAAUAUAUAUUGAAAGCAGUCAAUGAAUAUACCAAGUUUCAAGAUAUCAUUAAGAGAAUCGAAAGUGGUGAUACUUUAUUAAACAAUAAUAAUAAUAAUAACAUUAGUAAUAGUAGUAGUCAACAACAUUAUCAUAAUCAUAGUCAAAACAAUGAAAGUUAUGAUUUAGAAGUAUUAUCUGAAUCAUCUUCACCAAUAUCACCAAUAGAAAACAAUCAUAAGAAGAAUAAAUAUAAUAACAAUAAUAAUAAUAAUAAUAAUAAUAACAUGGAAGUGGUAGAACAAUAUCAAGAUGUUUAUAUAGAUUUCAAUGAACCAAAUGUGACAAAUUUCAAUAGUGAUGGCAAAUGGCCAUAUAUAGCCGAUAGUAUUCUUAAGCAAAGAGUUGAACUUGAUGUUUAUAAUAGAUCAAUAAGAGAGACUUUGGAAACGAAUAGAAUCAAGACGAUCGAGUUUGAUAGAGCAAGUUUGAAAGGUGUGGUGUUUGGUCAUGUCGAGAUAGAGUUGAUGCAACACCGACCAGAGUAUAAAGUGGAAAUCGAGUUUAGUGACUACAAGAGUGUCAUCCUCGCGAAUUGCAACAACAUCGACAAUGGUGAUGAUAAUGAUGUCAGUGUUACUGGUGGUAGUAGUAGUAGUAAGAAAAGUAGAGGUGGUCGUCGUAGUUAUAACAAAAAGAGAGAUGAUGAUUCCGAUUUCAUCGUUGACAAUGAUUAUGAUUAUGAUGACGACGACGACAACGACUUUGAAGAGGAUUACCCAAAGAAACGAAAGAGAAAGUCGACAACAAAGAAUGGCAGCGCUACACCGAAAACACCAGGAAGUGGUAAGAAACCAUAUUACCCAACGUUUAGAAGUGGUGCUUGGGCAUUUAUGAUGGCACUCUAUGUAUCGACGAUGAGAGACGAUCAACCGGAAUUGAAAAAACCAGAUAUCCUCUCGUUCUGUACUAUCUAUACGGACAACAAGAAUAUUGAAAACAGUUGGUCGUCCAGUAUGAAGACGUUGGAGACAAAUGAGUUGGUGAUGCGUACUUCCAACUCUGCCUAUAAGCUUACACCAAAGGGACUGCAACUUGGCAAGAAGAUCUAUAAAUCCAAUGAAGGUGAGGAUUUGUCACCUACACAAGAGGGAAAUGGCAGUCCGGUUGAUAUUCAUGUGUUGGCGUUGGAUUGUAUCGAUGGUGGUGGUGACAACGGCAACAACAAUGAUAGUUAUUUAUCGACAAACAACGAUCUUCUUAACAAUAGCUAUGACAAUCCAGAAGCGGAUCUCUAUCAACUAAAGGAUUGGAGUGAUAGCGAUGACGAUGUCAUCAAUUAUAUGCUUCACAAUAGUCCACUUACCAAAGAGGAGAUGCUCAAGAUUCGUGCCAACAGUCUCGUUAUAAAUAGUGUACAGUUACUAGUGGAUAACCGCGAGGUUAAAAAGGGAAGAGACAACUCCAAUCUACUGCAAGGUCUGAGUCGUCGUAAUAUAUCGUUUGAUCUUCGAACGUUGCCACUUGGUGAUUUCCUCUGGGUGGCCAAAGCGUACUGUGCGGACGACCCGCAAAAGUCAAUGUUUGAAGUGGUUCUCAAUCUGGUGAUCGAGCGGAAGCGACUCACCGACUUGAAAGAGUCGAGUACCGACGGACGGUACGCCGACCAGAAAUACCGAUUGGCGCGGUGCGGCAUCACCAAGGUAUUCUACCUGGUGGAGGGCGACAACACCGAGAUGAUUAUCAAAGACACCUUCUACGAGCAGUGUAUCGCAGAGACGUCGAUCUACGAUCGAUUCCAACCGAUGCUGACCAGCGGCGAGGAAGGCACAGUGUUGAUGUUGGACAAUCUUCACAAGAUGUUUGAGCGUGGUGCACAUCAGUAUCUGACCGAUAUGACAUUCGCCGACUUUGAGGAGCGUUCGGAGCAUGUACCGAUAUCGAUCGGUGGUAUAUUCGCCCAGACACUGCUCUCGAUCAAUGGUAUGACACAAACAAAAGCCACUGCAAUUCUCAGACGCUAUCCGACACAGAAAUCAUUGUACGAUGCCUAUUACAAUCUCCGAUUCGCUGAAGAAGCUCAGAGUGCGAAUCUUCUUGCACUUUUAUGCUCAACCGAUUCACCCAAUGUUUCAGUUGGAUACCAACUCAGCCAAUUCAUAUAUAAAUUAUAUAAAAAUGUAGAAUAA